AUGCGGGACACGGUCCGCUUGACGGCCCUGGUUGUCCCUGGUCACGCACGACACCAACAUCAGAACUGGUUUGAUGACAACGACACCACCAUCAGCAACUUACUCGCCGAGAGCAACCGACUGCACAAAGUCCACGGCAAUUGCCCUACUGAAGACAGCAAAGCAGCCUUCUACCGUAAUCGCCGCCCUGUGCAACAGCGGCUGCGCGAGAUGCAGGAAACCUGGAUGGUUUACAAGGCCGAGGAGAUCCAAGGAUACGCGGACCGCAACGAAUGGAAGAAGUUAUUCGCCGCGAUCAAGGCUGUCUACGGUCCCACAACCAAAGCAACUGCUCCUCUUCUCAGCGCCGAUGGCAGUACCCUACCCAUUCAGUAG